AUGGAUGAAGCGCCGGAGCUGCGGCCGGACGGGAAUUCCCUGCUCAAGGCGGUGUGGCUGGGCAGACUCCGGCUGGCCAGACUCUUGCUGGAAGGUGGGGCCUACAUUAAUGAAAGCAACGGGAAGGGAGAGACCGCUCUCAUGGUGGCCUGCCUCACUGAGCACGUGGACCAGCAGAGCACAAGCAAAGCCCGGAUGGUGAAGUACUUGCUGGCUAACAGGGCUGAUCCCAACAUCCAGGACACAUCCGGCAGGACAGCCCUGAUGCACGCCUGCCUCCAAGGGGCCGGGGAAGAGGUCGUUUCUCUGCUGCUGGAGAACGGAGCAGACCCGAGCCUAGAAGAUCACUCGGGCGCAUCUGCUCUGGUUUACGCUGUCAACGCAGAUGACAAGGACGCGCUCAAACGUCUCCUGGAAGCCUGCAAAGCCAAGGGGAAGGAGGUGAUCAUUAUAACUAUGGACAAGUCCUCGGCAGGUACCAAAGCUACCCAACAAUACCUCCACGUCCCGCCCUCGCCAGAGCUGCGGGAGAGGCAGGGCCCGGGCCUGGGCAUGACGCCUUCGGAGAGUGAACUGAAAGCGUCCACUUCAGCGGCUGCGAAGGAAGAGCCCUUCUUCCGCUUCCACUCCGCGCCUGCCAGCGGCUGCCAGCCGGCCAAGGCCCUUCACGAGCCCUGGUCUCCUACCAGGAAAUCCUGCAAUCCCAAAAGAGCCCGUUUGCCACAGCUGAAGAGGCUGCAGUCAGAACCAUGGGGCUUGGUUGCACCUUCUGUUCUAGCCUCCGGCGCCCAUGCAGCCGAGGCCAAGGUGUGUGCAGAUGAUGAAAUCAUCCUGGGCAUCAGUGACUUAUCGCUCUCCAGAAAGGGUUCCUUCCCCAGGAACUGCAGCAGUAAGAGCAGAGACCUGCCUCUCUUCCCUUUGGUGGACGACCAGGCUCCGAAGAUCCCACCAACUUCUGUGCCAGGAGCCAGGAAACCAUCCUAUGAGAAAGCUCAGCCCCUUGCUCAGCGCGCAGCCAGGAGGAACGCGGUCCCCGCUGAGCCGGAGACCACACCCUGCAAAGACACCCUGCACCGGAGAAGGCUGGGCACGGCGCAUUACGAUUCGGAUUCACAGCUCUACUGCGACUCCAGCUCCGUUCUGGCUGAUUCGGGGAAGGUGCUUUUGGAGAGAAAACAGCUCACCGGUUCCCAUUUGGCGUUGUUCAACAGCUCCCGGGAAUCCCUGGACAGCGCUCCCAGCACUUCUCCUGGGACGGUUCGUCGCAGGCCGCCCAGUUUGCUGGAAAGACGGGGCUCUGGGACUCUCCUGCUCGAUCACAUUUCUCAUACAAGACCAGGGCAUUUGCCUCCUUUGAAUGUAAACCCCAACCCGCCAAUUCCCGACAUCGGCUCUAACAGCAAACCGUCUUCCCCGCUCGCUGCGGGCUUCAAACCCCUAGCACCCGCUGCUCCGAGUUCGCCGAGAAGGGCUGACUGGCGAGCCAAAAAGAAGCUGCUUCGGAGACACUCCAUGCAGGCUGAGCAGAUGAAACAACUCUCCAAUUUUGAGGAAAUAGUGGCCCAGUAG